UGCGAGGCGUGACAGACGCGGCGGUGCGCUGCAGCUGCGUCGCCCUGGCCCAGUCGCCAGUCUGGGUGAAAGCUCCGAGGGGCAUGCUCGAGCCCCGCGCGACAGCAGCCUGCGCAGCUGCCAUGUGCCCGGGGGAUGCUCAUCGUGGUCCUGCUGCUGGUGCUGCUGCCGCACGGCGUCCCCGCCGCGCCGCCCCUCGACGGCGACCCGGCGCCCGCGCCCGCGGCGGGGCGGCGUGACGGCGUCGCGGACCUGACAGUGACGGUGCGGCGGCGCCAGAACGACAGGAUGUCGCCGGGCGCCGCGGACAACAUCCCUUCCGUGUACCGGCGCCUGUUGGCCGGCGGGCUGGGCGCCGGGCACGCUGCGGCCUCCAGGAGGUGGAUCAGCGCCGGCCACCCCGACGGCCUCCUCGGCCCCGCCGAGAGCGCGCCCGCCGGCACCAAGAUCACCUUCCCGGACGACGCGGGGCUGGACCUCCCCGCCGGCUCGAGGAUCGUGUUCCCACCCGCUGGCCACCGGCUGCACAGCAAGAAGGCCAAACUCCGCGAGAAGAUAGCCAAAUUCCUGAACCUCUUCACGGUGGUGCAGUUCCCCAACGACGCCUGCGAGGCCCCCGCCGUGGGACUGACGGGCACCUGCUACCACCACCUGCAGUGCCGCUCACUGGGCGGCCACCCGGGCGGCGCGUGCGCGCAGGGGUACGGCGUCUGCUGCCUGUUCGAGAAGACCUGCGGCGGCACGACGCGCCACAACUCGACGUACUUCGUGAGCUCGCCGGCGGCCGAGGUGGACCUGCCGGUGGACGGCUACUUCAACUGCUUCCUCACGGUGGAGAAGAUUCACCCGGACGUGACACAGCUGCGGCUCGACUUCCUGCACUUCGAGCUGGCCGCGCCGACGGACGGCACCUGCGUGGAGGAGCGCUUCGUGGUGGCCAGCCCCGACCGGAACGCGCCCACGCCCGCGCUGUGCGGCACGAACACCGGCCAGCACAUGUACGUGCAGGUGGGCGGGUCGGGCGGCACGGUGCGCCUGGGCGUGCAGUGGCGCGCCGGCCCCGGCCCCGCCGCCCCGGAGGCCCGCCGCUGGGUCGUGCGCCUGACGCAGCUGCGCGCCCGCGAGGAGGGCGCGGCCCCGCCCAGCUGUCUGCAGUACCACGCCGGCCACGCCGGCCGCGUCCAGUCCUUCGGCUACAUCUCGGGCUCCUACACUAACAACCUCAACUACGCCAUCUGCGUCCGCAAGGAGGCGGGCUUCUGCAGCAUCACGUACUCGACGGUGUCGUCCAACGGCACGGCCGCGCCCUUCCAGCUCCUCAACGAGGACCAGAACGGCGCGCCCACCAUCCCGCCGGGGCAGGCCGGCGCCGAGGUGUUCAACUGCCCGAGUGACUACAUCGUCCUGAACGGCAUCCGUCUAUGCGGCGAGCGACUCAACGACGCGUCCGUGGACUCCGACUACACGCACAACAGCCCCGUCACGGACAGCGGGAGCGGGCCCUUCGUGGUGCCGGUGCGCACCAACGGCAACCUGACGGGCCGCGGUUUCAGCCUCGCCUACCGGCAGAUCGCCUGCACCGACGCGCCAAACUGAGAGGUCCGGACCAGCCUCUGCGCGACAAGUUUAUACUGGAAUAAUUUAUUGUUUUAGAGGUUAAUGUUAUUUAUUGUGUUAGCUUUUUAGUUGUUCAUUGCCUUUGGUGCAAACUCGUUUAAAAAUAAAUGGGAAAUAUUGAGCA